AUGAAAACAGUUCUACUUCCACUUAAAAUUAAGGAUACAGAGAGUAUUAGUUGGACAAAAGGGUUAAUAACCUAUUUGAAAAGGUCAUACGGAUCUAGCCAGUGGUCCGUGUUUUAUGAUGGCGACAAGACGGCAGAGAUUGAUUCGUGUAGGACCACUGCUAAUUCAGAUCUUGCGCCAGAAUCAUUAUUAGAUCAGAACUAUAAGUACGCCGCUAUAUUGGAGCAAAUCUAUCUAAGGUUAGGCGCACACAGCGGUUCAUUACAGAUGGAUUUCACGUGGUAUGAAGCAGAAUAUCACUCUAGGUUGUCAGAAAAAAAAUUCAAGCAACAUACUGUAGUCUUUGAGAAAUCAUCUGUCAUGUACAACAUCGGUGUUCUAUUGUCUCAAAUCGCUAAGAAAAAAAUGUCUGAUAAUUAUAAGAGCGCGAUUCCUUAUUUGAGCAAGGCAAUGGCUUGCUUCGAUUAUAUGUCGAACAACUUUUUGAAUUCACCUUCUAUCGAUUGUGCAGCAGAAAAUACAUCUUUUCUCUCCACAUUGUUGCACGCCGAAGCUCAGGAAAUGUUUCUCAUGACGUUGAUUAAUGGACCAGAUGCUUCGAAAAGAGCAUCUUUGAUCAGCAAACUAGCACAUACUGCCUUAAAUUUGUAUGAGAAAUGUCAAGAAUUUUAUGAGGAUAGUUCAACAGCAACUUUUGGGACUACGCCUUAUGGAGAAGACAAAUGGAAGGAUAUAAUUACCCUAAAGGUUCACUUGUAUAGGGCUAUUUCGACAUACAAUCACUUGAGAGUGCUAGAGGAAGCUAAGAAAAUUGGAGAGGCGAUAGCUUAUGGUAAGCUUGCGGUACAUGAAAUAAAAGAGGCUGGUUUCUAUAAGGUAUAUGUGAAGGAUGAGAUUGAUCUAACAGGGUUAAAAGCAGUAAUAGAAGAGAAGUUGAAAAGUUUAAUUAAGGACAACGAUUUCAUUUAUAACGAUUUGAUACCAGCUGAUGUGAGCAUAGAAAGCAUCAAAACCAUGGACGCCGUAAAGCCAGUGACCUGGGAAGAACAGCUCAAGGUAUACCUAGAGCAGGUUGUAGAUCUCUGUAAUGGUGCCUUUAAAGGUAUAGUGCCUAUGGAAGUCUAUGAAAAUGAGAGUAUCUAUUCUGAGGAAAAAGCUUCAUUGUUAAGAAAGGAGGUCGAGGAGACGGAUACAGCAGACUGGGAAUAUCAAUCAUUCAUUGAAUUUACUGACUUACCGAAACUUAUCAAAGACCUUGAAUCAAGAUAUGUACACGGUGGAAAUGGUUCAUCAGAUGACCCUCAAUAUGAAAUAAUGAAGCAAAAAAUAACUACUUGGUCAAAAGUUGUGCAAGACAGUAAUUUCAAAGAUGUAAGAGCGCAAAUGCAAAAUAUUCUUGACAAAAGAAAUGAGAUUCUUACAAUUUUAUCCUCUGUCUCUCCUGAUCAAAGGGAAAAUGCCUUGAAAAUCAAGAACUCUUUAGUGCAGGCAUCUCAAUCUGAUGACAAAAUAUUUGCAUCUAUCAAUCCAUGCUUGGAGGAAGUUAAUUUGUUAGCAAACCAUCAGUUAUUGUGGAGCAUAAUGAGUAAAUUUCAGAUAAGGAAUGAUGAACCAAGCUUACUUGAUCUCGAUGACUCAAAAAACCAACAGAUCUUAGAUCGCCUUCAUAAUAUCAAACACAAUCAGGAGAUUCUACGACUACUAAAAGAAGAACGUACAAGAAAUUUAAAAGAUUUCAAAGAAAGCUUGAACAAUGAUGAUAUAACUCAAAAGUUGAUAUUGCUGACAGGUAAGCCGAAAAAGGAAAUGAGGGUUAUCUUCGAGGAAGAGCUUACUAAAUUCAAACCGUUGAGUACUAGGAUUGAAGCAACAAUAUUCAAACAAAACAAUUUGAUUAACGACAUAAAAAUCAAGUUGGACGAAGUUUUCAAACUUAUUGGAGUACAAGAUAAGACCCCUGAACAAGAAAAUACAGUGAAAGAAAGACAGACCUUUUUCGAUAAGGUUGAAAAGGCUUUUAACCAAUUCGUUAUAUUUAGUACCGAUUUGCCGAAGGGUUUAAACUUUUACGACACUUUGCUCAAGAUGACUAGAGAAUUAAGCCACGCAUCCACCCCUGGACAAUCUGUAAACUUGAUAGAUUCCAACACAUUGCCACCUAACUUACCACAAAAAUCUACACAAUCUACAACACUUACAAAGAGUUUCGCAAAUUUAAACUUAUGCAAUGAUGUUAAUGACUCGGUAACUCAAAGUCCUGCAAAUCUCGCUAACACUAAUAACACCGGAGUGAAUCCAGGUCCGCCUCAAUUACCACCGAAACCUCUUUCUACCGGUAUCAGUGGGCUUGUCAGCGAUCAAAAGCUGCAGAAUGGACCGACAUCCUUUUAUAACAAUCCAUCUGUCUUUGAUGAAAAUCUCUAUUCCAAAUUCAGUAAAUAG